AUGGAAGGGAUAAUCUGGCAGCACGUCGAUGAGAUGACUGAAGGGCUGGCAGAGUGGCUGACGGUGUGCUCUGCAGAGAGGCAGGCAGGCACCGAGUUGACAUCGUCUGCCAACACGCCAAUGACAGAGGAGCUGGCAGGGCGGCUGAAGGCGUAUGCAGAGAGGCAGGCGCGGUGCAUCAACGGUGUAAAGGACUGGCUUGCUUUCCUCUCCAGUCCCACAAAAGGGCUGAAAGACGGAGUGGAUGCAUCCUCCGUGCAGGAAUGCUCUUAUCUCUUUCAUCUCGACCCCGCCUACAGUGGUCUGGGCAAUCAGCUGCUCUCCCUCAUCUCCUCAUUCGCCUACGCCCUCCUCACCAACCGCACGCUCAUCAUCAACCCACACGCACAGGCAGCGCUCUUUCUCUGUGAUCCCUUCGCCUUCACCCCCACCCCCUCCACCUGGAUGCCCAUGGACUCGCCCACUUUCGCAGCUCAGCGCAAUCAGCAGCAGCAGCAGCAGCAGCAGCAGCAGCAGCAGCAGCAGCAGCAGCAGCAGCAGCAGCAGCAGCAGCAGCAGCAGCAGCAGCAGCAGCAGCAGCGUGGGGAGGGUGAACAUGAGGCAGAUCUAGCUUUCUUCUGUCCGCACCACCAGCAGCACCAACGCGGUUCCCUCUCCUCAGUUCGAGCUGACUUGGAGCGGCUGGUGCCCGACCGCCUGCCGCUGAUGCACGUGGCUGACCUGGAGCUUUUAUUUCCCGACCGCCUGCCCCUGAUGCACGUGGGGCGCUACCUGCUGCACCCCGCCAACUACCUCUGGGAGGAAAUCACCCGCGCCUUCCGAGCCUACCUCGCCCCGCACCAACACAGGGUCGGCAUCCAGAUCCGUGAGUUUCAGAAGUACGUGCCAGCUGAUGAUGUGCUGCAGCGGGUGGUGGAUUGCAUGGUCAACGUGACUAAAGUGGUGCCCCCCAUUAUGGCACACGAGGACUGGGAGAAGCUGACGAAGCAGGCACCUCCCAGCAACGCCUCCCUCCUGAGCCAAGUACUGGGAGAGAAGGAGCUGCUUCAGGGGCAAGGGCAGCCGCAAGGGGAGAAGGACGAGAAGGAAAAUGGGGAGCAUGUGAAAGCAGAGGAUGGGGACAAGAAGGAAGGCGAGAAGGGAGACGAGAAGAAAGUAGAAGAGGGGACGCAGAUGUUGGGACGCAGGGACGGGGGUGGUGGAGGGGCGGAGGCGGAGGGGUUAGCUGGUGGGGAGGGGAGGAGAAAAGGGGGAAGCGUGGGGGUGUUUGUGGCGUCACUGCGGGCGGCGUAUGGGGAGAUGUUGAGGGAGAUGAGCACAGAGGGGCGGCCAGAGGGCGGGCAGGAGAUCGCUGUGAGCAUGCUGAGUCACGAGGGAGCACAGCAGCUGAGGGAGAAGAAGCAGGCGGAGAGGGCUCUGAGGGAGAUGUGGCUGCUCUCCAUGUGUGCCCCAGCAGCCCUGUUUAAGUCGACUCAAAGCUUUCUUCCUCCACCCACCCACCUCCUUUCCUCCCUUGCUGACUAA